GUCCCCUAAAUAUUGCUGGAGGCUGGAGUUUUAUAUUUGCCAAAGGUAUUAAGCUAUAUCAAAAUGGCAAAUUAAUAUAAGCCUUGAGGCUGAUGUCAUGGAAUUGCUUAAACUCGCUCGAGAAGCUAGAUGUCAUGUACUAUUCUGGAAGCUUCAGAACCUUUAUUUUGGUCGGCGAGCUAGAAAAUCAAAUUGAUAUUUUUGAGGCAGAACUGGAAGGACUAAUUGUUAAAAAGAGAAAACAAGGCCCCCAAGAUUGGUUCAUUUGGAAGCAUCCAUUGUUCGACACAAGGCUCAUAUAAUGAAGUUAGAAUUAAUCUUGAGGUUACUGGAUAAUGAUGAGUUGAGCCCAGAGCAAGUCAAUGAUGUUAAAGAUUUUCUGGAUGCUAUGUGGAGCGCAAUCAGGUUUGCUUUUUUCAAUAUAACCCCCCUCCCCCCAAAUAAACUCAUGUCAUUUAA